AGUGUAUGGUAAGUUGCAAAAAAAGAAUUCAAAAUUCAUCUAACAAGGGUUGUUACAAAAAUUUAAUAAUUUGUGCGUGAGGGUUUGAGUGGUUUUGUAUAAUUCCAAAACCACGACUUAUGAAUUUUGAUAUUAGUAACAUUGAUCCAGACCCAGUGUCAUCUAUUUGGUCUAAUCCAAAUAUUGCCGGAGACUCUCCAGAGCCUCGAGCUGCGCAUAGUACGAAUCUAAUAAAUGAAAAUAAAGUGUACUUGUUCGGAGGAUGGAACGGAAAAAAAGCAUUGAAUGAUCUUUAUGUUAUUGAUGUGGAAACAAUGCAGUGCACUCAACUUUUAUCUGAAAAUACUCCGUCUAUACGAAAUAAUCACGCGGCUGUUUCGGUAGUAAAUGAUCUUUAUAUACAUGGAGGUCAUAAUGGUGUCCAUUGGUUGGAUGAUUUUUAUGUUUUCAACACACAAACAAUGGUGUGGCGAGAAAUCAGCAUGUGUAGUCGGUCUCCAGGUGCGCGUUCGUGUCACACAUUAAGUCGUGUCAAAGAUAAUUUAUACAUGUUUGGAGGACACAAUGGGUCUCAGUUUUUUAAUGAUAUUGAAAUUUUUUCGCUCCAUACUAUGACUUGGACACAACUUAAAACAUCAGGCCAACCUCCACCGUCUCGUAACUCACAUGUUAUGAGUGUAUUGGACACAAAAUUAUUCUUAUUUGGCGGUUACAAUGCAAAUCGAUAUUUCACAGAAAUUCAUAUUUUUGAUACUGAAACGCUUUGCUGGUCAACUCCUAUUAUUACAGGAACUAUUCCAGUAACACUAAGGGGUCAUACUGCUAGUGUUGUUAACGACUGGAUUUUUAUUUUUGGAGGAUACGACGGAUAUGACACAUCUAACCGGAUUUAUAUUUUUGACACCAUUAACCUUAAAUGGAAUUAUAUCAACCCAACCGAAGAAACACCCAUCAAGCGACAAAAACAUACGGCGUGUAUUUGGCGAAAGCAUCAUGUGCUUUUGUUUGGUGGAUUCACUGGACACAAGUGGUUAAGUGAUUGGCAUCUUUUAAAUUGUUUAGAAAUUCACAAGGCAUACCAGGCAACAUCAUCGGUAUCAUUAAUGUCUCAUCAUAUUCGAAAAUUAUUAGGAACAAGUGUCUUUUCCGACGUUUCAUUAGAAGUCAAAGGAAAGUGUAUACCCGCCCACAAGUGUAUUCUCGCAGCACGCUGCCCUUAUUUUAAAAAUCAUUUCAUGAAUACAUUAAACAAUGCACACCAAACAAAGGUCGUUUUAACUGGAAUAAGCUAUCCUGUUCUUUGUGUUGUUUUGGAAUACCUUUACUCAGGCAACAUCUCCAAUUAUAAUUAUAAAGUCAUUUAUGAUACAAUUAAAACAUGCCACCAAUGGAAACUUGAAGAGUUGAAAGUGAUUUGUGCUAAAUGUAUGCAACGGUAUUUAAACUCAAAAAAUGUUUUUGAAAUUUUAAUUCAAGCUAAUAAAUAUAAGGCGAAUGACUUGGUUAAAACGUGUCUUAAUUUUAUACUUGAUGAAGCCAACGACGUGAUAAAAACGGGAUCGAGUCUGAGAAAUGAUGUAGAUAAAGCAGCAACAGAGAUUACAAUCAAACCAACCUUAACAUAUAAAUUAACACGGUUUCUCGUAUCGCACUACGCUUUUGAAUCAAGUCUUAUUUACGGCAAUAAUAAUGACACGGAUCUUAAAAAAUAGUCAUUUCUGUACAAAAAUGACUCGUGUUUUUAGAUGACUCAAUUCUCUUUUUCUAAAUUAUACAGAUUACCACUAAUGAAUUUAUUUAUUUUGAAUCCAUUUUAAAGUUUAUUAAUAAUAAUAAAACACUAUAGUAAAUACUGUGAAAAGUAUGCAUUUUAA